AUGUCUGCCGCUGUACGAGCAGCUACUGCUUCAAACGCACGUAUUCUGUCUUCUUUAAAAUCACCUCCAAACGUUGUUGUUGUUGGUGGUACAGCAGGUAUUGGUCGAGCAAUAGCUCUUUCAAUAGCUCAACAUUGUCCAUCUGCUAAUAUUACCAUUGUUGGACGAAAUGAAUCUGCUGCCAACGCUAUUCUACCACAAUUAGGUUCAAAUCCCAAAUUCAUUCGUGCUGAUGUCUCACUUAUGUCUGAAAUUCGAACUACAACAAAGAAGAUUAAUGAUGUUGAUAUGUUAAUUUUAACACAAGGAAUUUUAACUAUGACAGGUCGAACACCAACAACGGAAAAUAUUGAUAAUAAAUUGGCUUUACAUUAUUAUGGUCGAAUUUUAUUCGUACAAGAACUUCUCCCAUUACUUCGAUCAUCACAAAAUGGUGGUAAAGUUCUAUUCGUAUUCGAUAGUAUCAAUGGUAAUCCAUC